AGAGGAUAAACCGCAUGAAAGCAAGCAAGAAAGAGAAGACAUGAGGAAUAAAAAGGGGUUUAAGGUGUAAUGGAUCGGUUUGACAGCAGUAACAAAGACACAGAUGUGUUGAGCUCGACAGCAUGGACGCGUUUCUCCGCAUGGUUCGAGUGUGUGUGUGUCGUUACCUUCGACCUGGAGCUCGGACAAGCCAUAGAGGUGAUCUUCCCACAUGAUGCUAAACUUACAGAGAAGGAGAAAACAAACAUAUGCUACUUGUCCUUUCCUGACUCAUUUUCAGGAUGCCUUGGGGACACCCAGUUCAGUUUUAGGCUGCGCCAGUCUGUGGGACGAGUGAGUGGUAUAUGGUUUGGAGAGAAAGAUGCGUACAACAGGGAAGCACCACUUACACUGCAUAAAGAGAUGGCUCACUUCUACGGCUAUGUGUACUUUAGACAAGUAAAGGAUGCCUCCAUCAAAAGGGGCUACUUUCAGAAGUCUCUGGUGCUGGUGUCCAGACUGCCGUAUAUUCACUUGUUCCAGUCUCUACUCCAGAUCAUUGCUCCUGAGUACUUUGAGAAGUCAGAGCCUUGUUUGGAGGCAGUUUGCAAUGAGAUUGAUCAGUGGCCCUCACCUGUACCAGGCCAGACACUCAAUUUGCCAAUGAUGGGAGUCAUCUUGCAGGUCAGAAUUCCUUCAAAAGAUGACAUACCAGGAGGAAGUCCUAGCAGACAGGGACAAAAAGAGAAACUUCUCUCUUCUCCCAUAGUUUUCCCAACCAUCCAUGAGCUGGAUCUUUUCAAGUGUUUCCAGUCUGUCAUAAUUCACAUACAGUUGCUGUGGGAGCUGAUAAUGCUAGGAGAGCCGUUGGUCGUCAUGGCACCCUCUCCAGCCGUGUCCUCAGAGACCGUGCUGGCUCUGGUUAGCUGCAUCAGUCCACUGAAGUACUGCUGUGAUUUUCGGCCAUACUUUACCAUCCAUGACAGUGAGUUUAAGGAGUACACUACCAGAACUCAGGCACCGCCUAAUGUAUUACUGGGUGUUACAAAUCCUUUCUUUAUAAAGACCUUUCAAAGCUGGCCCCACAUCAUGUGUCUCGGGGAGUUGAAGAUGUCCAGAGAUUUGUUAAAACAAGUUAAGGUCAAGAAACUGACCAAGUUGAAAACGCUGGACACAAAACCAGGUAUAUACACAGCAUACAAAACAUUUCUUCAUAAAGACAAGGCCUUAAUCAAGCGACUCUUAAAGGGAAUUCAGAGGAAAAGGCCUCCUGAGGUACAGAGCACCAUCUUGAAGCGGCAUUUGUUAGAACUGACACAGAGCUUUAUUGUUCCACUGGAGCGAUACCUGGCCAGCUUGAUGCCACUGCAAAUAUCCAUAACCCCUUGGAAGACUCCUCCUCAGAUCCGACCCUUCAGUCAGGAUGAGUUCAUGGCCAGUCUGGAUCAAGCUGGACCUCAAAUCACCUCCAUGCACAAAGGGGACUGGCUGGGCCUUUAUAAGAAAUUCUUUCAGUCUCCUAAUUUUGAUGGCUGGUUUCGUGCUAAGCACAGGGAAAUGACCAAUAAGGUGGAAUGCCUUCAUUUAGAGGCCAUCUGUGAUGCUGAUCUGCUGAGUUGGACAAAAGACAAGUCUGAGGUGGAGACCGUGGACCUGAUUAUAAAACUGCGUGAAAAAUUGGCCAGAGCUCAUGCGCAUCAGCUUCCAGUGAAGGACGAACUGCUGGAAAAGCUGGAAAACUACAUCCAUUCUGUGAUCAGCUCUCUGCCAGUGGAUCUGCAGACAGUACUAUAGAAAGACUGAUAAAAUUAUUUUAAUGCACGGAUCAAAAUUAGAGUUCAAAAGGUAGCACUGAUGCAUUCAUUUCAGAAAGUUAGGAGCACCUACAAGUGUUUGAGGUAGUGAUGUACAGUAUGGGUGUAGAGUCUGCAAUCUGUGUACCACAGAGUUUAGUAGUGAGAAGAAUUUAGGACUUUGUGUUUGAUGUUUGUAGCCUCAGGCCUUAAACAGUAGCAUGAUAAAAUAAGGGGUGUGGUUCUAUUAAAAAGUGUACAACAUUGUUUGUACAAAGGAAAGUUUUGCUUUCAAGUUUAGUGAUCUUAAUUUAAUGAUUACAUAGCCUCUGUAGUUGUGCUAGAACUAGUAUGUUUACAGAAGUGUAAAAUUGAACCUCAUACUGCACCUAUUUCCUCUGUGCUACUUUUUUAUAUAAUACACACACUUUGGCCAAAAGUUUGUGGACACCUGACCACCACACCCAUGUGUUUUUAUUUAACAUUCUGGAUUUAUUCCCCUUUACUCUUCUAAUAAGCUCCCACUCUUCAGGGAAGGCUUUCUACUAGAUUCCGGGGUGUGGCUAUGGGGAUUUGUGUUCAUUUAGCUGCAAGAGUAUGUGUGACACAGAUGUUGGGUGAGGAUGGCUGGCGUGCAGUCAAUGUUCCAGUUCAUCCCAAAGGUGUUCGGUGGGGUUGAGGUCAGGGCUCUGUGUAGGAUGCUAGAGUUCUUCCACUCCAACCUUAGCACACCAUGUCUUCAUAGAGCUCACUUUACACACAUGGGCAUUGUCAUGCUGGAACAGUUUUGGGCCUCAUAGUUCCAGUGAAGGGAAAUUGUAAUAUUACAGCAAACAGACAUUCUAUACAGUUGUGUGCUUCAGACUUUUUGGCAACAGUUUGAAAAAGAAGCACGUGUCCAUAUACUUUUGGCCACUUGGUGUAUAUCUUGCGUGCUUGUUUUAAUUACCUGAAUACACAGUUUAAUUUUAGUAAAUAAAUUGUCAAGCAGUUAAAAAAAUAGUUUCGGACUUUAGAAAUGAAUGUAUUGCAUGAGAUCACUUUUUUGGAGGCUCCAUCAAACUGUGAUUGUAGUGAUUGGUUAUCAUUAACGGUUACCUAUAUUUAAAGUUAUCAAACUUGCAUAAGUCCUAUAAGUGAAAUACUUGUGUAAGUAAUCUUAUAUUCUAUUCUUGGGGGUUUUCAUUAAGAUGUUAGACACCAAGAUUAAUGUACG